ACAAACAAUUUGAAUAAAAAAACAAAAAAAAAAUAUCAUAUUGUCAGAUCAGAUAUUGAUCAGAGAUUCUCCAGCAUGAAAAUGACAGAAUCCGUUGACCCCAAAAUUCCAAAAUAUAAUAUAUCUCAUACAUAUCUAUGUGGGUUAAUCUAAGUACUCUCACAAAAAAACUCAGCGACAUUAAUUGAUUCCAGUACUUUCCAGCCUCUGAAUUCUCAAGGAAGAUGGAUAACAGUGAUGGUGUAGUUUCUGGGGACGGCAUCAGUGGCUUUACGUAUGGAGUCAUAUUCUCCGUUGUUGCCUUUCUACUGAUCUCGGUCAUCGCUUUUGCCUGCAAUCGCAUGCGCUACGCCGGCCACCAUGACUGGCCGCCAUCUCGCAGGAGCAGCAGUGUUCUUAGAACAGUAACAGAACCGAGUUCGAUAAGAAUUGAGCAAGGUCUGGAUGAAUCCACUCUCAGCAGCUACCCAAAGCUCCUAUACUCUCAGGCAAAGAAGGGUUACUCCGCAGGUUCAGCUCGCUGCUGCUCCAUAUGCUUGGUUGAUUAUAAAGACGCAGACAUGCUCCGGCUGUUGCCUGACUGCUCUCAUCUCUUCCAUCUCAACUGCAUCGACCCCUGGAUGAGGCUGCGCUCGACAUGUCCGAUGUGUCGGAAGACACCAGUUCCAGCUCCAAAGACAGCCGAUCUUAUCGCAGCGACACAAGAAAGUUAGAUUGAUGAUGCAAACUGGACGAGAGAUUAUAUGGAUGUUGCAUGUAUUUGUUUUUUGUUUUUUGUUUUUAGCGUAAUUUUCUCCCUUGUGAAUCCAUGAAGUGAGUUAACGUGGGAUCUUUAAGCUAAUUUCUUAACG